GCAUGGCUCACACCGCAAAGGUUAACGGCUGUGCCUCAGAUAAAGCAGAUGACGUUUUGAAUAGAGACCGUGACAAAGAACAGAAAGACCCAUAUUUUGUGGAGACACCCUAUGGUUAUCAACUAGACUUAGAUUUCCUUAAAUACGUGGAUGACAUACAGAAGGGAAAUACCAUCAAGAAACUUAACAUCCAGAAGAGGCGGAAGCCAUCUGUGCCAUGCCCAGAACCCAGGGCCACACCUGGUGUAUGGACUUCCACCGAAUCCCUCUCAUCUUCCAACAGUGAUGACAACAAGCAGUGCCCCAACUUCCUUCUAACCAGAAGCCAAGUUACAUCAACUCCAGUCCCAAGGCCACCAGCCCCUCUGGAGACCUCACCCCCUUUUCUUACCACCCCAGAAAAUCGACAGCUGCCACCUCCCUCACCACAACUCCCAAAGCACAACCUUCAUGUAACCAAGACACUGAUGGAGACUCGAAGAAGACUGGAACAGGAGAGAGUCACCAUGCAGAUGACACCGGGCGAGUUCAGAAGGCCCAGGCUGGCCAGUUUUGGAGGCAUGGGCUCCACGAGCUCCCUCCCCUCCUUUGUGGGUUCUGGAAACCACAAUCCUGCCAUGCACCAGCUUCAGAAUGGAUUCCAUGGUAAUGGGGAUUAUGGUGGCUAUGCCCCGGCUGCUGCCACCACCUCCUCCAUGGGGAGCUCCAUCCGCCACAGUCCCCUGAGCUCGGGGAUCUCCACCCCAGUGACUAACGUGAGUCCCAUGCACCUGCAGCACAUCCGUGAGCAGAUGGCCAUUGCCCUGAAACGCCUGAAGGAGCUUGAGGAGCAAGUGCGAACCAUCCCUGUGCUCCAGGUGAAGAUCUCAGUCUUGCAAGAGGAGAAAAGGCAGUUGGCCUCCCAGCUGAAAAACCAAAGGGCUGCAUCCCAGAAUGAUAUCUGUGGCAUGAGGAAGCGGUCUUACAGUGCAGGGAGUGCUUCCCAGCUGGAACCGCCCUCCCGGGCCCGGAGAAGCAGCAGGGAAUUGUACAUUGACUACGACGAAGAGGAGAUUGAGAGUGUAGAGCAGAGCACGCAGAGGAUAAAGGAGUUCCGACAGCUCACGGCGGACAUGCAGGCCCUGGAGCAGAAGAUCCAGGACAGCAGCUGUGAGGCCUCCUCAGAGCUCAGGGAGAAUGGAGAGUGCCGGUCUGUGGCUGUGGGUGCUGAGGAGGACAUAAAUGACAUUGUUGUAUACCACAGAAGUUCCAGGUCCUGUAAGGAUGCAGCCGUGGGGACAGUCAUUGAAACGAGGAAUUACGGGGUCAGUGUGACAGAGGCCAUGCUUGGAGUGACUACUGAGGCUGACAAAGAAAUUGAGCUGCAACAGCAGACCAUAGAAGCUUUAAAGGAAAAGAUCUACCGCCUAGAAGUACAGCUUAAAGAAACCACACACGACCGGGAGAUGACUAAAUUAAAACAAGAACUUCAGGCUGCUGGAUCGAGGAAAAAAGUUGACAAAGCCAUGAUGGCCCAGCCGCUUGUUUUCAGCAAGCUGGUGGAGGCAGUGGUGCAGACCCAAGACCAAAUGGUUGGCAGUCACACGGAUGUGGUGGACAUGUGUGUUGGGACCUCUGUGCAAACAAAUAGUGUAGGCAUCUCCUGCCAGCCUCAAUGUAAGGAAAAAAUCUCGGGGCCCGAGCUGCCCAUGAAUUGGUGGAUUGUUAAGGAGAGGGUAGAAAUGCAUGACCGUUGUACUGGGAGGUCUGUGGACUCGUGUGACAAGAGUGUGGGUGUGGAAGUCAGCGUCUGUGAAACAGGCAGCAACACAGAGGAGUCUGUGAAUGACCUGACACUCCUCAAGACAAACUUGAAUCUCAAAGAAGUGCGAUCUAUUGGUUGUGGAGAUUGCUCUGUUGACGUGACUGUCUGCUCUCCAAAGGAGUGUACCUCCCGGAGCAUGAACACUGAGGCUGUUGGCCAAGUGGAAGCUGCUGUCAUGGCAGUGCCUCAUACCACAAGCCAGCACACCAGUAUGGUUUUGGAACAGAUGAACCAGUCCACCAACACUGAGAUGGCCACCCUUGUAGAAUCCUGCACCAACACUUCCCUAAGCACUCUGGACAAGCAGACCAGCACCCAGACAGUGGAGAUGCGGACGGUGGCUGUAGGAGAAGGUCGCGUCAAGGAUGUCAACUCCUCCACCAAGAUGCGGUCCAUUGGUGUUGGAACAUUGCUUACUGGCAAUGCUGGGUUUGACAGGCCAUCAGCUGUGAAGACCAAAGAGUCAGGCGUGGGGCAGAUAAAUAUUAACGACAACUAUCUGGUUGGUCUGAAAAUGAGGACCAUAGCUUGUGGGCCUCCACAGUUGGCUGUGGAGCUGGCAGCCAGCAAGAGGAGUGUGGGUGUUGGGGACCAGCCUGUAGGGGAGUUCCUGGAGAACCCCCAGCCCGAGGCUCCAUCUGGGAUGAUGACUGGCUUGGAUCACUACAUUGAACGUAUCCAGAAACUGUUGGCAGAGCAGCAAACACUGCUAGCUGAGAACUAUAGUGAACUGGCAGAAGCUUUUGGGGAGCCUCACUCCCAGAUUGGCUCCCUCAAUUCACAGCUCAUCAGCACCCUGUCAUCCAUCAACUCUGUCAUGAAGUCUGCAAGUGCCGAAGAGCUGAGGAACCCUGACCUCCAGAAAACCAGUCUGGGUAAAAUCACAGGAAGUAAUUUGGAAUAUACCUGUAAAUGUGGAAGCCUUCAGUCAAGAGGACCAUUAAGCACCCAGAGAUCCCCGCCUGAGCAAGAGGCGGGGACCACGGAUGGAGAGGCCCUCAGCAGCCAGGACGCCUUCCCCGCCCAGGAGUGUGCGCUGUCUCCAGUGAACCUGACAGAUGACCAGAUAGCCGCUGGCCUCUAUGUAUGUACAAAUAAUGAAAGUACGCUGAAGUCCAUCAUGAAGAAGAAAGAUGGUAACAAAGAUUCAAAUGGCACGAAAAAGAAUCUUCAGUUUGUUGGCAUUAAUGGAGGGUAUGAAACAACUUCAAGUGAUGAUUCCAGCUCAGAUGAAAGCUCUUCUUCCGAGUCAGAUGAUGAGUGUGAUGUCAUUGAAUAUCCUCCUGAAGAAGAGGAGGAGGAAGAAGAGGAUGAAGACACUCGGGGAAUGGCAGAAGGGCACCAUGCAGUUAAUAUUGAAGGUUUCAAGUCUGCCAGGGUGGAAGAUGAAAUGCAGGUUCAAGAAUGUGAACCUGAGAAGGUGGAGAUCAGAGAGAGGUAUGAGUUAAGUGAAAAGAUGUUGUCUGCAUGCAACUUACUGAAAAAUAAUAUAAAUGACCCCAAAGCUUUGACCAGCAAAGAUAUGAGAUUCUGUCUGAACACCCUCCAGCACGAGUGGUUCCGCGUGUCCAGUCAGAAAUCAGCUAUUCCAGCCAUGGUGGGGGACUACAUAGCUGCUUUUGAGGCCAUCUCCCCAGACGUCCUCCGCUACGUCAUCAACAUGGCUGAUGGCAACGGCAACACGGCCCUCCACUACAGUGUGUCCCACUCCAACUUUGAGAUUGUGAAGCUGCUUUUGGACGCUGAUGUGUGUAACGUGGAUCACCAGAACAAGGCGGGAUAUACCCCCAUCAUGCUGGCGGCCCUUGCCGCCGUGGAAGCAGAAAAGGACAUGCAGGUUGUGGAAGAACUCUUUGGCUGUGGGGACGUGAAUGCCAAAGCCAGUCAGGCGGGGCAGACGGCCCUCAUGCUGGCAGUCAGUCACGGGCGGAUAGACAUGGUGAAGGGCCUGCUGGCCUGUGGGGCCGACGUCAACAUCCAGGACGACGAGGGCUCCACAGCCCUCAUGUGUGCCAGCGAGCACGGGCACGUGGAGAUCGUGAAGCUGCUGCUGGCCCAGCCAGGCUGCAACGGCCACCUGGAGGACAAUGAUGGCAGCACCGCGCUCUCAAUAGCCCUGGAAGCAGGACACAAGGACAUCGCUGUUCUCCUCUAUGCCCACGUCAACUUCGCAAAAGCCCAGUCUCCGGGCACGCCUAGGCUUGGAAGGAAGACAUCUCCUGGUCCCACCCACCGAGGUUCAUUUGAUUGAUUACAUGCAAAUUGCUCUCCAUUUACACGCCACCAUUAAGCUGCUAAUUGUUCCUGUUGGGGUGACAGAUACUGAAUGUAUACGUGUUGUGCCUGAGCGCACCAGCAAACAGAAGCAUAAAGCCAAGGGCUAAAGGCUGAAGCUUUCACAGUGCAGAGACUGCCAGCCUGGGCACGCAUGCUUCCUUUCUGGCCAUCAUCUCUCUGUGUAGGGCACACUUUAACCCAGUCUCUGUUGCUGUUGAGUCUCUGCUCCGUUAUGUACAGUUGUAGGAAAUUGUAACCUGACCUGAAUGGGCACCUUCUGUUCCUUCUCUCCACUCCCCCACCACCACCACCACUAAGAAGUGUCAGGUUCUCACUGACGUCAUGUUUUAAAAUUUUUCACAAAUAUUUAUAUUUACUAAAUGUGGAAUCAUUGGAAAUCUCUUCCAAAAUUCCAUCCCAAGGUGAUGUUCCUUUUGUCUGUAUUCUUUUAAAGUAAGGAAGUUGCGAUGACUGACUAUCAACAACUUAGGCCUGGGCUGGUAGUUUCUGAUUUAAAAAUAGAAGAUGGAAUUCUCAAAAAGUAUAGAACUUACAAAAGGAAGUAUUUUUAAUUGGUUUUAUCUAGGUGGAUGUAUUAUACGACUUUUUAUAUAAAAGGUGUCUAUAUGAAAUUGACACAGUAUUUUCAACUUUUAUAUUCUAUAGUAAUUAAAGACAUGAAGAACUAUAUGUAACAUUACCAUAUUUUUAUUAAUAAUGGCACAACCCUGUAUCUAUUGAUAAAGGUUCGAUUGUGUUAGAGGAAUUGGCUAUUAUUUGCCUCUAGAGAAACAUAGUGUAGUUCUUUGUAUUUAUGGAUUGAUUCCUUCAUACCAUGUCACAUUUACUUUGGUCCUAUAUGUAUUUAAAUGUUUGAAGUGCCUUAGACUCUUGCCAUAUCUCUAAAAUAAAAUUUCAUUAAGCUCU